GACAACCAGACUGUCGCUAGUAUUAAUGUCGCCCAAUAGCACAGAUCCGAGCUACAUAUGUCUUCGUUUGGGCGAUUCACUAACUCGCGCUCCGCGACACAAGGCACCGCGAGGAUCUUGUUCGCCUUCCCAUUACUUCUCGGAGUUGAAGCUUGCGCGCUUCAAUCGAUGCGAGAUCGCCCCAACAUGUCGGACGACUGAUGUUGCCGCGUGAUGAACUCAAACUGACGUUCGCAAGUCACGCUAGAGGCAUUCCAUUCGUGCUACGAUACGAAGAAUACAAUAAUGAUCGACGACGUAGACCCGCAGUCGGUAUGACUGUUUAACCCAAGUUCAUCAGCAUCCACAGAGUCUCAGGCAGUGGCAGCGGAAAUACGCACAGCAGGAGUGUCUUAAUACACCUUACUUGCUCUUCGGUGGCUCAGCACAGUUGCACGCCGGGUAGGUGCAAGAGCCGCCGUUGGCCUGGACAUUGGCGCACUUCACGGUGUCCUGUAAUCGAUCACGGUCAGUGUCCCCAGUCUGUCACUGAAGCAUAUGACGGUUACUCACAGACAUGUUGUUAGAUUGAGAUAUGUAGUCGGUGACUGGGGAGGAGGGACGCAACGAAGAUUACUUAUAUACCUUCGUGCGCGAGCUUCACAUGUAAUGUGCGCUGUGCGAUUGGCCCCCGCAAUGCUGAAUCCUGUGCGGAUGAUUGGCUG